GUUGAUAUAGAAAUUGUACCAGUGGCGAGCAUGCAGGGGAAACAAUAGCAGCAAAGAGGUAUGCUGCCAGGGGCAUGUGAUGCUUGAAGGGGGGCGUGGCCCCUCAGGUAAUCUUUCUAGGUAAGCGCAGUGACUCACUCUCAAACACACCUUAAACCCCACGCAUGGAGGACGAGCUCGUCGCCGCCUCCACAAGACUGAAUUGAAUGCGAGGAUUUGGACUCCCGAUACCGCCACAACAAUGCCUGUGGUCAAAGAAGAGAAAGACUCCCCGGUGGACACGUCCUCUGCGGCGGAGGGCGCGCUGCAAACAGAUGAGCAGCCCAAAGGUCGGAGGAGGAAAAGACCCCUGCAGCGUGGGAAGCCCCCUUACAGCUACAUCGCACUCAUCUCCAUGGCCAUAGCCAACUCCCCGGACCGCAAGCUGACAUUGGGCGGCAUCUACAAGUUCAUCACAGAGCGCUUCCCCUUCUACAGAGACAACUCCAGGAAAUGGCAGAACUCCAUCCGCCACAAUUUGACUCUCAACGACUGCUUCAUCAAGAUACCUCGAGAGCCGGGGCGCCCGGGGAAGGGCAACUACUGGGCCUUGGACCCCAACGCCGAGGACAUGUUUGAAAGCGGAAGUUUCCUGAGGCGCAGGAAGAGGUUCAAGCGAUGUGACCUGAGCACCUACACGUCGUACGUGCACGAGAGCCCCGUGUUCACGCCGGUCCAGAUUGCCAGAUCGGCGCCGUAUUCCAACUCGGUUUACCCCAACAUGACCGUGAGUCCAUCAUACGGGCAGCAGCUCACGUCUAGCUACUACCCGGCUUCAUCUCCGCCCGGCUUUGGACCCGGUCAGACUCGGAUGUUCAGCAUCAACAACCUAAUUGGACAAGGAGGCCCGGAGGUGAUGCAGCAACCCGGCCGGAGCUUCACGCCAGAGGGGCACCCGAGCGGAUCCAGCCCCUGCAGUCUGGGACCUCCGGGUUUUCAAAGCCAACCUUGCGGAGGCUCAGCACCGCCCCGGUCCAACGCACACCCCGGGUUUGCCUACUCCGGGCACCCCAGCGUCCACCAACACCAACACCACCACGCACCCCAGGGACCUUACGGACAAGCCCACAACGGCAUGUAUGGCACCGCAGGACGCCUGCCCUCUUCAGAGACGGCGGACCACUACGGGAGGGUCUCACCCGUGCAGCUGGGCUCUUUCUCCCAGUACAACAGCACUGGGGCUCCUAUCGCCAACGCAGGGGGUUACCUGCGACAUCCCCCCUACCCUGGGAACAUGGACAGGUUCGUGUCUGCUAUAUGAUAGCCAUAAUAAGACACUUGAGACUAAACGCACACAAUUACUGUAUGUAAUAUAUUUUUUAUCUAUUCUUGAGGACUAAAUGUUUUGGGGAAUUUGGGCUUUUAAAGUCCUCUGAAAGUGUACUUUAGUUUUUUCCUUGAAUUGAUUUCAUGACUUUCUAUAAGUUAUUGGGCUAAACGGCUUUACAUGGAGUGUCUUGUAUGAAGAAAGUCUGCUUAAGGACAAAGCAUGUGUGGUGUUUGGAAAUAAAUAACUGAACAGCAUUUUUCUUCUUUAAUGGUAAAACAUCAACAUCAAAAAAAAAAAGCUGUAGUUUGGUUUUGUUUACUUCGCACAAAGCAAAUCUGAGCUUUAAACAGGUCUGAAAAGGAGUAGGACAUUUCAUUUUAAUCUACUUUGUUGGUCAGUUACAAAUAGUUAUGCAAAACGCAAACAUCCACCGCAGAGGAUGCUGGUCCCUCUAUAGCAGUGGUUCUUAACCUUUUUUCAGUGAUGUACCCCCUGUGAACAUUUUUUUAAUUCAAGUACCCCCUAAUCAGAGCAAAGCAUUUUUGGUUGAAAAAAAGAGAUAAAGAAGUAAAAUACAGCACUAUGUCAUCAGUUUCUCAUUUAUUAAAUUGUAUAA